AUGGACGAAAAGGUGUUCACAAAAGAAAUUGAUCAGUGGAUCGAGCAGCUGAACGAGUGCAAGCAACUGACGGAGGGACAAGUGAAAACACUAUGUGAAAAGGUGAGGUAUUUAAGAGAUUUCUUUUCCUCUCUCGACCCCAACUUACUGUCAAUGUCUUCGCCCCCUUACCGACGCCUUCCAGACAUUCUUAAAAUGGCGUCUAUAGUGUACAUUUCACCGCGCUGCGCUUAAAUGUAAAAACAUUAGUAUUGAAUUGUUGUCUGUUAAGCACUUAGAGAGUAUGUGUAUUUGGGAAAAUACUCGAAAUGGGGAUUUGGGAGCCUACCUUGUUUGUAUGAGCGGAUUUAGAGGCCAUGCAGGGUUGACCAUACUGUGAAUGCAAGUCACAUACCACAGUCAGAGCCGAGCCCCUUCAGUCUGUCACUGUGACCGGCAGCCUUAUCAGUGGUAGUAAAAAGACACUUAAGACCUUUAAAUUACUGUCCUAACAUCUGGGCUGUAAUAGAAGAGAAAAGUGCAGCUGGUAGCAAACUUGUGCUUCAUUUAAGAGGCCUUUAUACCGAAGUCCCCAUCCAUACACCUGCUGAGUCAGACAGCAUUGUUUGUUUACAUCUAUGUCUCAUAUUGAUUCAAAGUUGUGUGCAAAUACUUUCAUGAUAAAUCUCCACUACCAAGUAUGGAUAUAUUGGAGUAAAUGUAACAGUGAUUUUAUGUAAAGAAGCAACAUUUUCUCCCUUGACAUGUGCAGAUUUAAUCUAACUGGACUGAAAACAAAUGGUUUUGCUUUUAUUCCCUUUUAUAGCAGUAAGAUGAGCUCCAGCCAUUUCUCAGAUUAAAGCUCCCGUGAGGGUUUUGUAAGCUGGUUCGUAAACAAACUUGAAUUCACAGUGAUGCCUUUUUAUGAUGCCACAAAAGUAAACAAGACUUCACUUUUUAAAGCCUGUUAACCUCUGCGAUCAUGGUUGAAUCUUGAACCCUUAAUGCUUAAAGCAAAUACUCACAAAAUGAACAUAUUACUUUUUCAGUGGUAUAACAAGCCUAAAACAGCCUUCAUACCCCAUGAGUAUGUUUGUAAUUGUAGCUUUAAAAAGGUUGAUAAUUGUUUUGAUAUAGAUUAGAUAAACUUGAUGAGUCAUCCUGUUUUCAUGUGUACUAAAUGAUGACACAAUAUUUUUCACAUGGUCAGCGACGGCUCAAGUUAACCCCUGACCCCUUUUAUUUCACAUGAGAUGUAUGACUGGUCUGUUUACAAGCCUAUAAAGACAUAAGUUGACACGCUUUAACAUGACACUAUAUGAGUGAAUUGUUGACAUAUUAUAAGAAAAGAUUACUCAUGAACUCUUUAUUUGUAACUUUUGCCCUUUUAUUGGUCUGUUUACUAGUCUAUAAAGACACCAGGUGACAUGCUUAAACAUGAGUGAAUUGUUAACAUAUAACUUUUCAACUUUUGCCCUUUUAUUGGUCUGUUUACCCAUGUUUUUGUAUAAUUUUGACGUAUUUCAAAUCGUUUUAAAGGUCAUUAAAGGCAACCUGAAGCUUAAGGGCAUUAUCACUCCUAUUUAAUGUCUAGACUUUUCCUCCAACACUGUUAUUCUUGUGCCCACAGAGUAGUUGUCAGCUUAUUGUGGCUUUGACCUUUCGGCCACUUAACUGGAUGUUUCUUGUUCUUCUUCCCGAGCCAGGAGACACAUGAUCUCACGAGCUCCUCUUACUUGUUCCUAUUGUUCGAACACUAGCGCACAAUCUAAUAUCAAAAUGUUCAUAUUCAUGUCUGUUUUUGCCAACACAAGCCUUUGCUGCAUCUUGUGACUGCACCGGUCUGAGCUGGAGCUUAACCCCAAUCUUUGCUCGGGAUCCUUUCUGCUCACACCACCAGCUGAUUCCAGAGAUGUCUGAGCUUAGCGGUAAAUAAUAAUCACUCAGAGACUUUUAAGUGACUCUUAGUUUGUUCACUUUAGAAAUCCUGUCAGUGUGUAGUGGUUUAAUCCACUGCAAAUGUUUCUGACUUUCAAUCUAAACACUGCGAGGGUUUAACUCUCACAAUAGAGGCUAAAACUGAUGUCAGAUGUUUCAGUUUUUAGUCAUUAAAUGUGAUUUUCAGUCCAUAGAGCUUCUGUUUACUGAAAAUCUUGUAUGAAAUGAAGAAUGCUUUGAAUAGCUUGUGGGUAUUUGGAGGAUGUGAGUUAAAACGAGGACCACCCUGACGCAGGAACUGCACGUGUAAUGGUGCCUUUCUUCCCUGUUGCUAUUCCUGCCACCGCGUCCUCCUCCAGUCCGACAAAAAUGCCACACAAGUAGUCAAGAGAGGAAAACGGAAAGCUCAGUUUUCUCUCCCGAGGCUGUGUCAUUAUCACGGCUUAUGAGCUCCAAACUGCAGUCGUCUACCUGCAGUUGUCCUUACAUCUCCCUAUGACUUAUGUUAAUACAUCCACCGCCCACGCCACAUCCCCCCUCAUUUAAAAAUAGCCGAGGAUAUGAUUGAUUUCGGUUGCAUCACUAACACAACCAAAAGCCAUCGCUGCCAAGCCGAUCGCAGAGUGUGACUCAGGAUAACACGGUCCAUUGUGAGUCACAGAGCAGCCGUCUCUGUUUUGGGAUGCAUGGGGGUGUGGAGGAAUGAGAUGUGCUGUGUAAUUUGUUCUCAGCCUUUUCAUUUCGGCUUCCCAGGGCUGAAUGUACCAGAGGGUCUGCCUGCUGCGUCUUGUGCAGAGAGAGAGAGAGAGAAGCGAGCUCUUACUCGCCUUGACUCCAUCACUAACACUGUGAAUGUUUCAGUUUUUUACCGCUGCAGAGUGUUCCCUUUCCCAGAGCGCCAGAUGUUUGUUUACCGAGCGGUGAAGUCAUCUGUUUGAUCAUUUAAUAAUGUUUAAUCUCGCUGCUGCUAUAUUUAAACCGAGGCUCUGCAGACAGUGUUCUCUUCCAUGGAAAUUACCUUCAUUUUCCUGCCAAUUACAAGAAGCAUAAUUCACUUAAUGCUGAACAUGUUUCUCAGACAGAGGUAUCCUCCUCAUGACCUUUAGUUGUCCAGAAAUAAACCUUAUCCACGUUACAUAACUAUUCAGAUAUUGUUUUUUUUUACUUGUUUAUGUCUGUGCUCGUUCUGUUCCCAUAUGAGGCACAGUCCAAUAACCUUGUUAGGCAUGAUCCAGGCCCUGGUUGCAUGAGGACCUAGCGGGUAAGAAGACGUUUGUUUAUGAGAUUCAGGGGGAACGUUUGAGCUUCCUCUCAAAAAAUUGAAGUUACGUGACUUCGUUGAAAGUGUGUCACGGUGACGUAAUAAGUCGGUCAUGUUGGGAAAGAUGCCCCAUUUACCGGGGGUGAAGUCGGCGCAGCUAAUAACGCUAUCUAUGUGUGCGCACUGAGGUCACCGGUGAGUCGGUGAGAAAGGCAGGCCGCUCCGAUCCUUUUUAUAUUCCUGCUGCAACAUCUGACAUGGCAAACUAAAUGUAUCAUCAUUAUUCAUUCAGCAGAGUUCAAAUCAGAGCAGAGAGUGCAGCAGCUGCAAUACCAUAAAAAACAGUCAAGACAGAUCACAUACACACAAAGGUAUGCAGUAAUAAUAAAUAGUUUCUGUGACUGAAAGCUUCUCCCAGCCAAGUUCACAAACCGGAGUCAAAGCUGACAAGCAAACACAAUGUGCCCUCGCAUGGCUGCUGCCUGUGGUGGUUUUUCCCCCUGAUUAUAGAGCUGUCGUCAGGAAGACGCUGAACUUUUAACAAGCAUGCUCACCUCAACAGUGAGGUCAUUGUUUGCGGUUGUACUUUUGUGUACAAGUGGAGCUUAACGCGCUCCCAGUUGUCUCCUGAAGGACCUUUGACUGGGUUUUACUCACUUUAAUGGGAUUAUAUUGCGGCAGGCGGGAAAGCGCUGACUUGACUUCUCGGCACUGGGCUAAGCAUUUUAGUGAGCGUGUGGCUGUCUGACGUCUUGGUCUGAGCUGUAAUCUGGGCCAAGGUUCCCUCCCUUCAGCUUCUCUGUGGCAUUUCUGCUACAGGUGUGGUCUGUACUUUGGGUGAGGUGCUUACGUAAACUCUGCCGUCAUCCUAUUCAUUCACAGCUGGGCUGGCAUCCACAGGACCAAAUACAGGCUUAACCUGGCAGUUAUGAUACGAAGUCGUCCGUUUGACCUGAGCACAACCUCUGAAGUGUUUACAACAAUCAAACAGCAGUCGAGGUGAAAAGGUCGGCGUGUUGGGAGAAUUGACAAUAGACGAAGAAUUCAUAACUCGUGUUUGUUUGUCACAAACCAAAGUGAACAUGACCCGAGUCAAAAUCAGCUGAUUCUCUACAGGGAACAUCUGAUCUGUUAUAUAACAUACUCCCCAUACGUACAGUUCAGUGUACGGUUUCAGAGGUUAGUUACUGUGUCAUGCACAGACCAGGCAGCUCGUCAAGUGGGUCCUCAUGAAUAAUGUGUGGAGGGAACCGCACUGAGUCAUAUGUCUUUGUUUUGAAUCUUCUACGUGUUUUUGCACUCAUUGUUUCUUCAGCCUUUAUAGGGAAGUGCCCCGAUGAGUAAUUGUUUUAAUGUCAAUCAGUAAGAUAUGAGAAAUUUAUUUUCAGCAGAAGCAGCAGAGGAGGUAAAGCUGCGGUAAAGCUCAGUUUUUUACUUGUUUAUUCAGUUUCAAACAUCCGUUCCAACAUUUUAAAAGUUACCUGCUCGUGAGUCCUCAAAAGAGAUCUAUUAUGCUCAUUUUCACCUUUUAUACAUUUUCAUUCUACCGUCUUAUUUACCUCAUACUUGCUGUGCUCUGUGAAAAAAUCCUCACUUCAUCUAGAGAUGUUCUGAUACCAGUUUUUCCCUCCCGAUAGCGAUUCAGAUACUUGUGCUGUGGGUAUUGGCCGAUACCGAUUAUCGAUCUGACACCAGUAUGUUAUAAAAAAAAUAUCAUACCAGGCCUGUAUGUCUCUGAUAGGAUUAUCAUUGUGAUAAGGUCUGGCUCAGGUUAAACCCUUCUGUAAAACACAAAUAAAUUCAGCAAAUUUAUUUUUAAAUAGAACUGUAUAAAAGACAGCAAAUGCAAUUGAACUAAAUAAAUGUAGGGAUAUUUAUUUUUAAUAGAAUUAAAGUGCAGCCACAAUAUUUUUAAAUAACAAAAGAAAUUUAAACAGAGUAACGGAGCUAACGGGUAAAUAAAUUGCGUGGUAUCAGAUAGGUGCCUGGACUCCAGCAGUCGCCGAUACCAAUGCCAGGAUUUUCGGCAGUGUCAGAGCAAUUUCCAAUAUUGGUAUCAUAAUCGGAACAACUCCAAUUUCAGCUCAGUUCAGCCUCUGCCUGGAAUAAUAGGUUUUGGCUGCCUCACUACUGAUAUGUAAAGUUAAACACAACUUGAAGAUGUGAUGAAAUGACCUGAUAACCUAACCGCAGAAGUUAUCAGAAGACAGCCAUGACUCGCAGUAUCUUGGAAAGGCCGAGGAAAAAUUAAAAUACCUUCUGAGUGGGCGUGUCCUUGAAAGAGCUGCCAGGUGUGCACGUCUUUUUAAUGUUGUUUUAAUAGGAUGGCAAAGCCUGACAUCAGGUUCAGGUCGAGUGUGGCCAAGUUCUUCAAACAAGCUGUUCAGAGAAGUCAGAGGACAUGACUGUGCCAGCAUCAGGAUGUCACCAACUUGAGGUUUGCACAUGGAGUGGUAGACUGCUGUGUAUUGCGAUUGUUCGGUUGUUACUGAAGUUGGUAUGAUUAAAGAAGCAAGCAGUCGGCAACAUCCAUCUCUCAAGGAGGUGUCUAACUCUGUGUUACGGUGUGUUUGACCCUAAGUUAAUUUUACACCGGAAUAUCCCUUUAGAGUCAUGUUAAAAUGACGAACUGUUGGUAGAGUUUGUUAAAGCAUUCAUGCCACAGAAACACGCAUUACUAGUUGGUUUUCAUUCAUUCAGGUAGUUGUUAUUUAAUUUGUACCCACUCCCAAGUGUGUGUUGACUUGAUGUUGCACUAAAAACCAAACGUAUACUGAGGAUAACUGAGGGUUUAGUAUUAAGAUGGGUCCCAGACAGGCUGACCCAGCUCUCUGAACAUGCAUGUGUGUUUAUUCAGCCUCCCCAUAUUUCUCAUUUCUGCUCAGGGCGUGAUUAGUAGGAAGGGAUGAAAGUGUAGUGCUGCUGCUGCUGCUCCACUUUAAUGCAGACACAGAGAAUAUUCUGUCUCUUUAGGGAGCUGAAAGCCCUGGUCAAUCUGUCAUUGAAAGGCCUUCUGCCACAUGGUUGUAGGGACACGUGUUGGGCGUGUGUGUGCAAUGUAGGUCAGCAUUGUGCAGCUCUGCAGUCCAGUCCUGGUCACUCUGGCUCUGUCUCUCUCUCUGUCCCAUCUGCUGGGGUGACGGGGCAACAUCAACACUCUGUCAAUGUCGGUUCUGUCUUUCUCUCUCACUAAUGGGGACGGUGCAAAAAGACAAAGGCUUCUGCUGCUGCUGCUGCUGCCACAAACAACAAUACUGGGUCACUUAGUGGACAGCAGGAGUAGUUUGUUUGAUUAAAAAGUUAGAAAAGGCUUUGAAUGAGUAAUAUUUCAGUAUGCACAUAACACAAAUACUACAGCUGUAAUACCUGUCAUGGACGCACAAUGAGCUUUUCUGCCUAAUCUUGAAUAAUCAUAUGAAAUUCUCUCUAAAAAAUGACUUUUUCAUUGUUUUUUUUUUAGCUUUCUUUGGUUUUGUUGAUGUCUCUCUUACCCUCGCCCCACGCUAAAGACAUGUCUGGGGGUCAUUUAGCUCAGAGCACUUCUCCCUCAGCCUUAAGGAUUUGUGGGCUUCAAAGCUCCUUAAAAGAGCUCAACCAGCUGACGGACCCCUUAGUGUGUGACCAGCCUGCCAAAGACAGGCUGACUCCAGGAAUAGGUCUUGUAGUGGGUCUCCACUUCUAAUGUUAGGAGCACCUCGAAGAGCUCUCCUCCUAUUUUUAGUUUUGUUUCUAUUUCGCACUGUAGCAACAAAGUGGAAGUAUUCACAAAGGUGGCUCAAUCACUGUGAGCCUGAUUUAGAAGAAAAUGGACAGGUUUUUCUUUUUAUGAUUUAAAAACAAUGAAAUGUACUCUUCUACCAUGUCUUAAAUGAUCUCACAGUGCAUGAAACACCGAGAGAGAGACGGCCUUUGAGCUAACUUUGGUGGUCGUUUUAACAAAGACAAGGAGGGACACAGAAAAACGUUUAUUUACCUGCAUCAUCUGUCAUUUUUAAAAUCACUAGCUGUAGGCUACUAAGUGAGUCAUUCACUGUUUCAGCCACUUUUAGACUACACCAUCAUGAAUAAUGGGUCCUCAACCAAGAAAAACAGUUUGGACUGUUCUACUGUUGGAUGAAGAGGCUGACUGUUGUGUAGGGCUGGGCGAUAAAACAAUAAUGACAUAUAUUUAAAGUUAAUUUCCCUUGAUAUUGAUGUGAAACCAUAGACUGUAUAUACUAUGGACAACUUGGUUCCGCCUCCCGCCAGUAUACGGAUUUGAAGCCAAAUAGCUCUCAGUAUUUCUGCGUUUUGUCUUUAUUUCCUGAAACCAACAUUGCGCAGUAGCGUUGUAUGCAUUCCUCGGGAGAGUCGCCAAGAGUCGCUGUGAUGACGCUUAUUUAAGAGUAUCACGGAAAAUUUAAGAUUGACAAGUGAUUUUUUUUAUAUCGUGAUAUAUGUAUAUCGACUGAUAUGGGGGAAAAAAAUAGCGUGAUAAACUUUUUCCCAUAUCGCCCAGCCCUACGGUUGUGCUGCCAUACCCUCCAAGUUGUAGCCAAGUCCUUUUGAAAUUAAUAAUUAGAGGAAACCGAGUCCUUCAGCCAAACACUCUAGCAGGCAUUUUGCUUUCUGUUUACUGUACAAAUUGAUUCUCAAAAUUUUAGCUGUGCAACAAGAGCUGCCUCUCCAGGCCCACUGGAAACUUCGACACAAAUGCACACAGCCAUACAGAGAGAGAGCGAGCUGAGGCUCAUUUCCUCUGGGAGAUUAUGGUGGGGAUGCUGGGGGUUGUUUUGUAAUCACUGUGCAGCAUCUUAAUACAGACCCCACUGUAGGCUGAUGUGGAAAUUGUGCAGAGCAGUCGGCCGGAAACUGUCCCUGAAAUAAAGAUGGAGAACAAACAGGCGCAGAGAGAAUUACAGAGUACAGAGCAUGUAAUCACGGUGCCGGAUCACACAGCUUGUUCUUGCAUUUUAAUUAGCAGAGCAGCUGAUACAGAACAAGACACAUCAGUGGAAAACUCCUUAUUUGGGAUGUUUCAAACCACUUUUUUUCACACUUUUUGAACUAAAUGUUUGUGUUGCUUGUUUUUUUUUUUGCAGGCAAAAGAGAUCCUAACUAAGGAGUCAAACGUCCAGGAGGUGAGAUGUCCGGUGACGGUGUGUGGCGAUGUGCACGGCCAGUUUCACGACCUCAUGGAGCUGUUCAAGAUCGGAGGGAAAUCUCCAGACACAAACUAUUUGUUCAUGGGAGACUACGUAGACAGAGGGUACUACUCUGUAGAAACUGUCACUUUACUAGUAGCACUUAAGGUGAGUGAAAUAUUUGAGUCCUCACACAUUCAGAACUGAAUAUCCCGCUUCAAAUGGAAAGGAUUUACUGACGGUUCUGUUUUGCGGAUGCUUUAGGUACGCUUUCGGGAGCGCAUCACAAUCCUUAGAGGAAACCACGAGAGCAGACAGAUCACACAAGUAUACGGCUUCUAUGACGAGUGCCUAAGGAAAUACGGGAACGCCAAUGUUUGGAAGUACUUCACAGACCUGUUUGACUAUCUCCCCCUCACUGCCCUGGUAGACUCUCAGGUGAGACUGAACUUAAGCUCCUCAGAUAAAAUAAAUGCUGACCCAACAUCUAAAAAAACAACAAGUGAAGUUUUAUGUUGCAGAAAUUGAAAUAGAAGAAUGAUUUUUAACAAAACUCCAAUUCUUUCUCUCUCUUUGCUUCAGAUUUUCUGCCUUCAUGGAGGCCUGUCACCGUCCAUAGAUACUCUGGAUCACAUUAGAGCUCUGGACCGUUUACAGGAGGUGCCACAUGAGGUAAAGACAAUAAUGAGUGUGUGGAUUAAACAAUGAACACAGGAGAGGAAAACAACAAGAUAGAGUAACAUGAUCACACCCAUUAGCCAAAAGGAGAGUCAUGUGACAACAGUAUUGUUUUGCUAAUAGAGAGCAUGGAUGACCUAAAUGUCCUCCUCUCCCUUGGUGUCCUCCACAGGGUCCCAUGUGCGACCUGCUGUGGUCAGACCCUGAUGACCGCGGCGGUUGGGGCAUCUCUCCUCGAGGAGCCGGCUACACCUUUGGCCAGGACAUCUCGGAGACCUUCAACCACGCCAACCGCCUCACCCUGGUGUCCCGUGCCCAUCAGCUGGUUAUGGAGGUGGGUGUCAAAUGACAUACACAGUUUGAUUGCAGAAUCACAGAACCACUGCUCUAUCAGCUGUGAGCAGAAAAGUUAUGUUGUUUGUCGUGUACUUCUCAAGUAUGAUCUGUUUAGUUUCCAUCUCUGACCAAUGUUGCAUCUAUUUUUCUCAGGGUUACAACUGGUGUCACGAGAGGAAUGUGGUGACAAUAUUUAGCGCCCCCAACUACUGCUACCGCUGUGGCAACCAGGCAGCUAUCAUGGAACUAGAUGACACCCUCAAAUAUUCAUUGUAAGUAUAACUAAAAGCUCUGAUGUUGAUUUGGUUCUUCAAAGUGUUGCAUUUUUAGUCAACAAAUCUUCUUUCCCUCUCUUUACCAGCUUGCAGUUUGAUCCUGCGCCUCGCAGAGGGGAACCCCAUGUUACUCGUCGCACCCCAGAUUACUUCCUGUAA